AUGCCACGCUUGAAAUCAACACUAGAAAAUCUCACGGAGAUAGGAAUUAUCAGCAAAGUUGACCGAGCUACAGACUGGGUAAACAGCCUGGUCAUAGUAGAAAAAAGAAAUGGAAUGCUACGACUGUGCCUAGAUCCCAAACAUCUAAAUCAAGCCAUUAAAAGAGAGUACUACAACCCACCGUCAGCCGAAGAAAUCUCAAAUAAACUCAAUGGCACUGAGUUGUUCACUGUAAUUGACAUGACAAGCUGCUACUGGCACAAGAAACUUGACGAAGAAUCUCCUUACCUUUGUACAUUCAACACUCCAUUUGGGAGAUAUAAAUUUAACCGGAUGCCAUUUGGAUUCUGUUCAGCAUCUGACGUCGCGCAGAAAAUGGUUGACGAUAAUUUUUCAGAUAUCCCUGGUGUACUUGCAGUCUAUGACGACAUCAUCAUCGCUGCUAAAGACAAAGAAGAACAUGACAAAAUCCUCAUCAAAGUCCUCGAUCGUGCCAGAGAUCGAAACAUCAAGUUCAACAAAGAGAAAAUUCAACUACGCGUCAAAGAAGUAAAAUAUCUGGGCAACAUUAUAAACGCCAAAGGGUUCCACCCAGAUCCAGAAAAAAUUAAUGCAAUCCUAGAGAUGCUCAAACCACAGAACAAGCAAGAUCUACAACGUUUACUAGGUAUGGUCAAUUUCCUGUCACAAUACAUAUCCAAUAUGUCUGAAAUUACAGCCCCAUUAUGA